CCGUCCGUUGGAUGGGAAUAAAAUCAAAGGCUGUUGGUUGAUUCACUUGAGAAUUUUUCGGUAAACAACCCUAAUACAUAACUUGUUGCCUCGGAAUUUGACCAAUUGGUUUUAGUUCUGAAUCUGGGUCAUAAUUAUUUUGACUCAUUUUUUUUCUCCCAAAUGAACAAAAAUUAGAUGUUCUUUUGAUAAUUAUUCUUGUGAGAUCAUCACUAUUUUGGCAAUGUGGGUUGUUUUUCGUGUGGAUUAUUAGAAUUGGGGAUCUGGGUUGUGCAAAGAUCUAAACUUGACGUCUGGGAUUGAGAUUUCUGGAGUUGCAAUAAGGAUUGUAUACUUCUCGUAAGUUGUUUCUCUUCACAUUUUUCUUGGUGCAGUUUAGCAUUUUUUAUUAUAAAGCUCAGAGGGUUUCUGGUGUUUAAGGAAAGAAAAUUGAAUUGGGUUUUGAAGAAAAAUUUGAGGUUUUGGAUUUUGCUGUUAGAAUUUGUUGGGACAUUGAUUUGGACUGAAGGGUUGGCUGUAAAUCCUGGUUUAAAGGUUUUAAUUGGUUGAAGGGUUUUGGGUUUUGGGAGAAUGCUGCUUAGUUUUGAGCUAGAUAGUGCUAGAAUUGAAGAAAAUUAGAAAAUUAAGUUUGGCAUUGUUUGAGGAUUUUCAGGGGAUUUUGCAGUUUCCUGUUCAUGAACAGGAGACUGCAAAAAUUUUGGCGGGCCAUGGGUUGCGUUUGCUCUAAAGGUGCUUAUAUAAGUAAGAAUCGUGGCAGAGAUAAAGAGUCUAAAAAGGCUUCAUCUAAAAGAUUUAUUGCAUCCUCUAGAAAGGAGGAAGUAGUCGUGGAGGUUGACAAUGGUGCAAAUGACGCAACUGCUAGGUUGAUAUCGACAGAGAAUGUUGAGAAAAGUGCAGGCUCAACGCCUCCUUCUCGGGAUGAGGCAGAGAAAACAUCUGCAGUGGUUGAGAACUCUAUGGUGCCUCAGAUGCCAGAAACUGGUGCAUUUGGAGGUGGAAUGAGCGGAAGAGAACCCCAAAUGUCUAGGAUAUUUAGUGUUCGAAAUGGAGUUGAUGGGGCACAAACCGUCGCUGGAUGGCCAUCGUGGCUUACAGCAGUGGCUGGGGAAGCUAUCAAAGGUUGGAUACCUCGAAAGGCUGACUCAUUUGAGAAGUUGGACAAGAUAGGUCAAGGGACAUAUAGCAGUGUAUACAGAGCCCGUGACCUUGAAACCGGAAAAGUAGUUGCGCUGAAGAAGGUGAGGUUCGUCAACAUGGAUCCAGAAAGUGUCCGAUUUAUGGCUAGAGAAAUCCUUAUUCUGCGUAGGCUGGAUCACCCAAAUGUCAUGAGGUUGGAAGGUCUGGUUACUUCGAGGGUCUCUUGCAAUUUAUAUCUUGUUUUCGAGUAUAUGGAGCAUGAUCUUGCUGGUCUUGCUGCAUCGCCAAAAAUUCAAUUCACUGAACCACAGGUUAAAUGCUACAUGCAACAACUUCUUCGAGGACUUGAACACUGCCAUAAUCGUGGGGUUCUACACCGGGACAUCAAAGGUUCAAAUCUCCUAAUUGAUAAUGAUGGAAACCUUAAGAUUGGUGAUUUUGGUUUGGCAACCUUUUUCCGUGCUAAUCAGAAGCAGCCCUUGACAAGUCGUGUAGUGACCUUGUGGUAUCGGCCUCCUGAGCUCUUGCUUGGAUCUACAGAUUAUGGAGCAGCCGUAGAUUUAUGGAGUUCUGGUUGCAUUCUAGCAGAACUCUUUGCUGGCAAACCUAUAAUGCCGGGAAGAACAGAGGUGGAACAGCUGCAUAAAAUAUUUAAACUUUGUGGCUCACCAUCUGAGGAAUAUUGGAAGAAGUCUAAACUGCCACAUGCUACAAUUUUUAAACCUCAACAUCCUUACAAGCGUUCUGUGGGUGAGACAUUCAAGGAUUUUCCACCUUCAGCAUUGACACUUCUAGAUUCUCUUCUUGCUUUUGAACCUGAACGUCGGGGAUCUGCAACUUCUGCACUUGAAAGUGAGUUCUUCACAACAAAGCCUCUUCCUUGUGCGCCCUCAAGUUUGCCAAAGUAUCCACCAAGCAAAGAAUUUGAUGCUAAGAUUCGAGAUGAAGAAGCUAGAAGGCAAAAAGCUGCUGGCAGUAAAGGACGUGGGAUUGAAUCUUACAGAAAAGGUUCCAAAGAAUCCAAAGCUGUCCCAGCACCGGAUGCUAAUGCUGAGCUGCUGACAUCCAUGCAGAAAUGGCAGGCUCAAUCGAACCCCAAAAGCAUUAGUGAGAAGUAUAAUCAUGAAGAAGAUGGUGGUUCUGGCUUCCCAAUUGAACCAUCCAGACCAUCUUUAAAUAAAGGUCAUUUGUUGCAAAAUGGUGCUUCAAGAAGUUCCUUAAAUAUGGAUGUAAAUGAAGCCGGGUCCAACAUUAAUUGUUCAAGGUAUGGCGCAGAGUCUAGAAUGCAAAUACCAAACAAAUCCCAAGGAACAGCUGCAAAGUUGUCUAGGUUCUCCAACUCAGUUGCAGCUCAUGGCAGUUCUCACCUUGAUCUUAGUGGAGAGGGUAGUACCCAUCCUCAAUGGAUGGAGGAGCGCCUAAAUGAUUCUGGUUCAACAUGCCAUCUGCUGGGAGGGACGAGUUCGUCACACAAGAAGGAUGAACAGGCAUACAGAAAGGAAUUUAAUGGGGGUUACGCUCUGAAGAAGUCGAGGAUUCACUACUCUGGACCAUUGCUUCCCCCUGGAGGAAAUAUUGAGGAAAUGCUCAAAGAACAUGAGAAACAAAUACAAAAUGCAGUUCGGAAAGCUCGUAUUGACAAAAAUAAGAACACAAAAACCUAUGCUGAUAAUGGACAGACAGAACUGUUGCUGCAGUAUGUAGGGAAUGGCCGGUGACCUUGCGAGGAAUUUCCUGCUACCUAUGGAUUGAAUCCUGUGUCAUGAUAGCACGCCUUGAGUUCGCGAGUCUACUGCUUCAGAGAUUAAGCAAACCUCAUCAGCAUGAGAGGAAAAAUGUCAUUGGGCUAUCUGGGAUUGAAAUGCAUUAGCGACUCGACGUUCCAGACCUAAAAUAAGGUUCCUACCUUUGAAAGCAGCACAUGAUGGGAAGAAAUCGGGUAGCCUGGAAAAGAAAAAAAAUCACCCAAAAUGAUGGGUAUCACUAUGAAAGAAAAUGACAAGCAACUUCAUGCUUGUUGGAUGGGGAGGAAAUCAUUCCUGAUGGUGUAUGGCAGUUAGUGACAAUCUUUUGUACAGUUUUACCAUGUUCUUUUUCUUUUGUUUAUUGUAAUGGCGAAGCCAUUCAUGCACAUAUGUAAAAUUUUGACACCCCAGGCCAGCAUCGAGCUAAUGAAAGAGAAUCAGAGUUUUUUUGGAUCA